UAAAAAAAAAAAUUAUCAUCAUAUAUUUCCAAUCAAAAAUUAAACAAGAAAUUAGUACACUAAUUAUGUCUUCACCAUGCAUAAUGUUUGAUCCAUCCAUGAUCCAAAACCAACCCAAAUUACCAAAAGAGUUCAUAUGGUCUAAAGGGUCGGGUUACGAACCCGAUAGUAAUAACCAACAAGGAAACCAUGAUGUGCUCAAUGAGCCAUUGGUUGACUUAGAAGGCUUCUUUAGGGGUGAUGAGGAGGCUAUCAAACAAGCUUCUGAGUCAAUCAAUAAGGCAUGUAUGACCCAUGGGUUCUUCCAAGUGACGAACCAUCGGGUCGACUCGAGCCUCAUCCGGGCCGCCCAUGAUCAAAUGGACGGGCUUUUUAAGUUGCCUAUGGAGAAGAAGUUAAGGGUUCAGAAGAAUAAAGGGGAAAUGUGUGGUUAUUCUGGUGCUCAUGCUCAUAGAUUCUCUAAACAACUUCCUUGGAAAGAAACUUUCUCUUUUGGGUAUAAUUAUGUUGAUAAUGAUGAUGAUCAAGAGGGGGUUAUUGUGUCCGAUUACAUCAAAUCUUCAUUAGGGGAUGAGUUUGAAUUUGCAGGGUGGGUGUACCAAAGAUAUUGUGAAGCCAUGAAAGAUCUAUCUUUAGUAAUAUUUGAACUAUUGGGUAUAAGUUUGGGAGUUGAAAAACAACAUUUUAGGAAGUUUUUUGAAGAUGGGAACUCCCUAUUGAGAUGCAAUUCAUACCCACCAUGCAAAGAACCAAGUCUAACCUUUGGCACCGGUCCGCAUUGUGACCCGACCUCUUUGACUAUUCUACAUCAAGACUUGGUUGGUGGCCUUGAAGUUUUUGCUAACAACAAAUGGCAAGCUGUUCGACCUAGACUUGAUGCCUUUGUCAUUAACAUUGGAGAUACUUUCAUGGCAAUGUGUAAUGGGAGAUACAAGAGUUGCUUGCAUAGGGCAUUGGUGAACAAAAAGAGGGAAAGAAGAUCAUUGGUAUUCUUUGUGAAUCCAAGAAAAGACAAAGUAGUGAAGCCCCCACAGGAUCUUGUUGACAGAGAAGAAGACACAACAAUGAGCAGAAGAUACCCUGAUUUUAAAUGGCCUCAAUUGUUGGAAUUUACCCAAAUGCAUUAUAGAGCUGAUGUUACUACCCUACAAAGCUUUUUUCAAUGGUUACCCUCUUCCAAUUUGCUCUAACUCUCCGGGUCGCCCUUAGAAAAUCCAGUUGCUUAUAGAUCACGUUAAAGGUCAAACAACUGAUAAUACAUUUUGACGAUUCAUACUUUGCAUCGUGUUUGUUGAUAAGAUAACUGUUCGACAGAAUAUGAUGCGGUCGGUCAUUGAUCACCAUAUCCAGACUUAUCGAGAUAUAUAAUUUUAUUGAUGACAAGACUAUCCUAAUUUAUGUUCACUUUUCCUUUUGAUUUGUUUUGAUUUGUUUACUCUAUUUGUUUUUAUGAGUAUUUUUGCAACUCUUUAGCUAGAUAGGCUUGUUAUAUAGGCUUGUUAAAGGAAAAUAAGAUGUAAUAUAUUUUCUUGCUCAUUUAUGUUUGUUUCUUUUAUCAACUUGUCCUCUUUUUAUUAUAUAAAACGUUCUAUUUUAUACUUACUA